CUAGUUUUUCCCAGUCAAUCACAAUGCAAGUAAAAUUAAUAAUCUGAUAAUUACUUGCUAAAAAGAAAGAUCAAUCGCUUUCCCGAUUUUUAUAAAAAUGGACGAUCGAAUGAAAAUAUGAAAGUAGCAACAACGACAUCUCGAAGAGAAAUCAGGAAAUAGAAAUAUUCGAUAGCGAAAAAAGUAUCGUUCGAUAAGUCUAGUUCAAUCGAAUAUCUCGUCUCGAAACGAGUCUUGCGAUUUUCGAUAUAAAGUCGAUGAUGAUUGAUGGAUCGGAAAUUCAAUGUCAUCGAUAUGAAAUAUGUCGAUAUUGUGGUAAAGAAUAAAUACAAUGGCAGUGAGAACGAUUCUUUUAUCUUACGAAACGUAUGAAGUUACGUAAAUUCGUUUGUGUAAAUAUUAAUCCAUCUUUUUCGGAUAGUUGGACUAAAAAUCGUUGUUUGUCACCAAUGUGUAACACAAUGCAUGAAAGAUCAAGAUCAUAUUUUGAUUGAAAGAUCAACACGGAGAUUGUAAAAAAAAAAAGAAGAUUUUUAAUGAUUGCUGCUACACUGACCGACCAUCUGUUCUAAAUAUACUCGAUAUCAUGAGACGAAAAUGAGAGAAAAAUCGAAAUAUUUUUCGUAUAAUCAUCUCAUAAAUGAAAUAAUAUGAAAAUAAUCUCUUUAUCUAAAUACCUGUCAAUUAGUUUUAGAAACAUUCGGAAACACCGUUGUAGAGUUUGAAGAAACUCGUAACGUUGUUAACCCGAUCGGAUAGCAUAACAAUAAUGUAGAUGAAGAAGAAGGAAAAAUUCGAAGGAACAAGCAAGGAAUAAACGGGUAAAAAAAAAAAAAUCGCCAUGUAUCAAUUACUACAUUUUCGUAGUCGUUCUUUACGAACUCUUAUCCUGGGAUUGAUUUGCUUGACUUUUUAUGCAUAUUAUCGUACUACUUAUUACGAUGUCUCUCAAUAUAACGUACCACGAAAUGUCAGUCGACCUACGUCUCAGGAAAUUUAUAAGCAACGAUCAAAUGUCACUAUAGAGCCUCGUAUAGGAUCUUUAUCCAAGAAUGAUUCUCCUGAAUUAUCAAUCGUUGACACUUAUAAUGUACAAAAUGUUAGUAAUCUUUCAAAUUCUUUGAUUACUACGCAGUCAACAUCUAGCUCUCAGACGACAAACGUAUCGGUUCUUGUUUCCAAGCAAAGCAACGAAAAGUUACAGAUACGAGUGGAAAAGAUCAUAAAUGAGACCAAAGAUGUCUCCGUUCCUCCAAAUGAGUGCUCUGCGCGUGCUAUUUACGAAGCUGGUCACAUGGUACCAAUUCCAGAAAAAUGUCCAAAUUUUGGUAAAGAAAUGGAUCUGGUAAUCAUAAUAAUGUCUGCGCCGACACAUCUAGAAGCUAGGAUGGCGAUACGACAAACAUGGGGUCAUUUUGGUCAGAGAAGUGAUAUCAGUAUCUUGUUCAUGUUAGGUGCAACUAUGGAUUCCAAAGUGGAAACGAUUUUGAGAAAAGAGCAAAAAACUUACAACGACGUGAUACGCGGAAAAUUUUUAGAUUCUUAUUCCAACUUGACGCUUAAAACGAUAUCUACUCUUGAAUGGGUGGAUAAUUAUUGUUCCAAAGUUAAAUUUCUUUUAAAGACUGAUGAUGAUAUGUUUAUUAAUGUUCCACGUUUGCAAGCUUUUGCAAUUAAACAUGCGAGAGAUAAAAACGUAAUAUUUGGAAGAUUGGCUAAAAAAUGGAAACCAAUUAGAAAUAAGAAAAGCAAAUAUUUUGUGUCUCAAGCUCAAUUUAAACAUGCCGUAUUUCCAGACUUUACUACCGGGCCAGCAUAUCUCUUAUCCAGUGAUAUCGUGCGUAAAUUAUAUGAUGCUGCAUUGGAUCAAACGUAUCUUAAACUCGAAGAUGUUUUUGUGACUGGUAUAGUAGCGGAUAAAUUGGGAAUAAAAAGGACACACGCUAAUGAAUUUUUAAAUAAAAAAAUUUCAUAUAGUGCGUGUAAUGUUCAACGAGGCAUUAGUAUUCAUAUGGUCAAAUACAGCGAACAAUUUGAUCUUUGGAAAAAAUUAUUUGAUGGUAAAAGUAAAUGUAAAUGAUAAACAGCGCUUAAAAUAAUUAGAUAUUCCAUAUCCUAUUCGCGCGAUACAUAAUUUGAAUCUCAUGACGAUCGAUCAAAAUACACCAUUCGACUAUGCUCAGUUAGAUGCAACAAAUAAUAAAUUAACUUUUUUUAUUCGAAUAUUUAAUUAAUCGUAAUAGAAAAUUUUCUUUUUCUUUUUUUUCUUUUUCCUUUCUAUUUCUUUCUUUUCUUUUUUUUUUUUUUUCUUUUCAAAUCAAGAAGGAACAGGAACCAUGAAUUGAAAUUAUAAUUAAUAUACGUUAUAUCUUUUAUAUUCGUGAAUGGACAAUUCGUGGUUUUAUGCCUUAACUAUCUAAUAUCUAAUAAAUAUAAUACUCGUAUAAUACUCAUAGCGUACUUAAUAUUUUAAUAUUUUGUAAUAGGAUAAUUAGAAAAGCUUCCUAUUUGCUAACAAUUUCGCGUUAAUUUCGAUUGAAGUUUGUGUAUUGUGUAUUCAUGACAAAGCGAACGCUAAUUGAGAAUUUACGGCUGUUUCUGUUAAAAUAUUUUUCGGAGAUAGGUUCGUGUUAGAUAUUAAUAGAAUAAUGCAACGAUUUAAUAUGAUUUAAUUACAGAAUCGAUUGUUUGUAUAGGUAAUGAUAUAUACUAAUAUAAAUAAAUUACAUUAGAUCUUUUUUUAUUUCUACGAUGAGAUACAUUAUCGAGCGAUCAAUAAUAUAAUAUUUAAAAGUUUUAUCGAUAAUCUUGAUAAACUUUAGCAAACUUGAGCAAGUUUAUUGAAUAAACAGCCUACAUAAUUAUUAAAAAUAUAUGAUUUAACGCAAGAUCUUUAUUUCUACUUAAAAAAAAAAAAAAAAAAAAAAAAGAAAAGAAAAAAGAAAGAAAGAAAGAAAGGAGGAAAAAGAAGAAGAAUAAAUAAUCGCAGUUUUAACAUUCGAAGGUGUAUAUGAAAGAACGUAUUUAUCGUAUGAUUGAUUGUGUAUUAUGCAUGUACUGGUUUGCGAUUGAUCAAAAUGCAUUUUGAUUUUCUUUGAUCGAAUUAAUGAAUUUUGAAAAAUCACGAAAAUAUCAUAUUUGCAACGUAUUAUUCGAAAAUGAAUGUUUCCCGUAAAGAAAGGAAGACAGGAAACGAAGCAAUCUGAUAUUAUUUGGGAAGAAUGAAAUGUACAAUAUAAAAAUUAAAUUAUAUAUACCAUAUUGUACUUAUAUACCAGUAUUAUUGAUCGUGCAUAUCAGUACAUAAUACACGAAACAAUGAAUAAUGACUUAACGAUUGUAACAUGCCUUCCGAAAUGACCGAUAUCGAUUUAUAUCAAGGAUUGUGUAACGCGUAUACGGUCAUUAUUUAUCCACAUUCCAUACUUUUGCUAAAGUAAUUAGUAUUCUUGAACGAUUUGUAUUUUAUUCUUAUACAAACUCAUUACAAGUAUUUUGCGAGAUUAAACAAAUGUAUACAUGACAUAUACGAACAAUUUCCAUAUCGAUUUUUCGAUAAAACAAUUGUUAUUGCUUUACAUAAUUUAUUUUAUUUCGUAAACGAAAUUUGUCUCGAUUCAAAAUUAAUAUAAAGGAAUCACAGACACAGAAUGUGCUAUUAUUUUACAAAACGUAAAUAUAUCUAAUUUUU